AGCCUGCUGCUGCCUCGGACGACACUCCAGCAGUCACUAGGACGUUAGAUGAAGAAGAGGGAACUACAGCGGAGCCUGAUGCCAGCAGUGUAUCGGGUUGUGCUAUUUGCAGCUCAACAAAAUCUACUGGCGUCUUAACAGAGAAAAGAAUUUCCAUAUCUGAGGAGUGGGCGAUGUUUAAGAUCCAGUCAUCAGGCUCAAGCAGACCAACAGCACUGGCCUCCUUGAGAAACAAGAUCAGACGGCAUGAGAUGUCCAGGGCACACGAAAUAGCUCAGGAGCUCACUGAAAAGGGUGGACAGGAUUUACUUGGGAAUCUUGUGAGAGCUGUGUCACACACUGUGUUAGCUGAGACAAAUGCUGUAUUCAGAACAGCAUAUUAUCUUGCAAAGAUGAACCGACCUUUCUCUGACCAUGACGAUCUCAUUGAGCUUCAGGAAAAAAAUGGUGUCACCAUGGGCACAAGUCUGCACUCAAGGUUCAGUUCAACAACAAUUGUGGAACACAUAGCAAAAAAGAUGCAGACAAAAAUAGUUGACAGCAUUGUGUCAUCUUCAAGCAAGCUGUCUGUUCUCAUUGAUGAGGCAACUUCUCUCAGCCAUAAAUCAGCCACGAUUGUCAAUGUGAAGGCCUCUUUAGAUGGAGCUACUCCUGAAUUUGUUUUUUUGGACCUGGUGGAGCCGGAAAGCCAGAGGGCAGAGUCUAUAGAGGAAGCUCUAUUAAACUGUUUGGACACUGCAGGCUUUAGUGAAGAGUGGCUUCAAAACAACUGGAUCUCAUUUGUUUCUGAUGGAGCCAGUGUUAUGUUAGGCAAAAACUCUGGUGUGGCAACCAGGCUGACUGCAAGGUACCCUAACCUCUUCACAUGGCACUGUAUGAACCACCGUCUAGAACUGGCUGUAAAUGAUGCUGUGGAUGAGGUUCAGGCAGUCAACCACUUCAAAGUUUUCAUGGACAAACUCCACAAUCUCUACAGUCAGUCCAAUAAAAAUUCACGGGAACUUAUGGAAGCAGCACAAGAAAUGGGCUCACAAGUCCUGAAGAUUGGCAGAGUUUUAAACACCCGAUGGCUUGCCAGCAGUUUCCGUUCUGUAAAGGUUGUGUGGAGGUCAUACGAAGCACUUAACAGACACUUUGAGAAUGCUGCAGGAGACUAAACAAGAAACGGCAAAGAGAGGCAAACCUACAGAGGCCUGGCACGUCGUAUGCAAAGCAAGGAAUUUCUUUGUGACCUUGGACAUGUAUGAUGCACUAUCUGAACUUUCAAACCUGUCCCAGCAAUUACAGGCCCAUUCAAUCACACUUUUAAGAGCAGUACUGCUGCUGAAGCGCACCAUCCGAGUGCUGGCAUCAUUUAAAGAUUCUCCAGGAGAGAAAUUGGAGGAAGCAUUGAAAGCACAGGCUUUGGGACAGUUUGGAUCAGUGUCCCUGGAGUCAAAUGCUAAGCUCAUGCUGAUCAAUACAAAGCAGUUCCUACAAAGUCUGAUCAACAACAUGGAGAAGCGGCUCUCAUUUAAGGAUGAAAUUCUUCAUGAUCUCAGCAUUCUAGAUUCAAGCACCUGGCCAUCAAUACCUGGCAUACGGCACGGUGAGUCACAGGUAAAACGACUGUGCAGGCGAUUCAAUCUUUGUCAAGAACAAGCUGCCAAUGGAAUGAGAGAUUUCAUCGAGCACCCAGAGAGUGAACCUGAAUGCCUCAAACCACUCAUCCACUGCAUGCAGACCAUCCCUUGCAGCACUGCAGAGCAAAGAUCCUAGAGGAGCAAGAUAGACCACUCCUCCGAAAUCCAAUGGACUGACGUGUAGUACGUGACGGAACGUCGCGGCCGCCAUUUUUUAAUGCGAUACGCGACUUCCGGUAUGCCACCCGCUGUGAUCCAAAGCAAAGAUUAUAGAACUCCGCUAUAAUCUUUGAUCCAAAGCAAAGAUCCUCGAGUAUCUUGUAGCGGGAACAGCCCCCUCCUUUGCGUAGUUUCCCUUGCAUUGUAUUGUGCAGUUUCCCUUGUAUUGCUUUAACACACACUGCACAAAAUUAAAUUUAAUGUAUACAUAUUUUAUAUAUUUAUAUGAAUGUGUGUCUGUGUGUGAGAGGCAAGUGAGAGAUAAUUAAGUUUAUUCUCAUGGA